GAACACCGUUAAAGGUACGAACAUGUCUUCAAUACGGGACAACGUCUACAACCAACACUAACAAUCAGCAGAAUCCAGAUAAUUCAGAUGAUUAUGACAGCUAUGACGAUCCCGCAGAUUCCACAGAUGAUGGACUUGUCGACAAAAAUACCUCUACUGUGGUAUCGUGUUCACGUUAUGCAACCUUUUGCUACGCCUUAUGGACAAUAGACGCAGUGAAGAACACAACCAAGGUUGUCGUUCAAGGCUGCUGGGAAGUCUCGGACAAAAAGGAAACGUGCAUCAACAAUGAGUGCAUCAGUUACAAGGAAACCAAAAGCGGCCACUUUUUCUGCUGCUGUUCAGGAGACAAUUGCAACGGGAACUUCAGCUAUGCUACGAACCCUAUGCUGACCGAUAGCGCCAACUUGGCAACAGAUGGCGAUUACACACCGUUUGCACCAUACACUUCAAUCUGGAGUUCGCCAACGGUUUACAUAUGCUUUGCCAUGGUUGGGAUCAUUUUGAUGUUGAUCAUUGGCUUUCUAACGUGUCGGACUACGACAAAGGCUGUUUCGGAACUUGCGCCGUUGGCUCCGUCCGGACCGGGCUACAGCUCCAAUUUGUACAAUGUGGAUAAUUUGAAGCUUGUGUCUAUGAUUGGACAGGGAAAAUAUGGAACUGUAUGGAAAGGUAUCGUAAAUGAGCAGCACGUAGCAGUGAAGAUCUUUACUGCUCAGCAAAGGCAGUACUUCCUAAAUGAAAAGGAUAUCUACAGCAUACCUUUGAUGGAAUCACCAGCCUUGUUAAGCUAUUUUGGUUGUGACGAGCGUAGAACAAUGGACGACCGGAUUGAAUACCUGUUGGUGCUGUCAUUGGCCCCCUUGGGAUGUUUGCAAGACUGGUUAACCGAUAAUAGGAUGCCUUUUGGAGUAUUUUGUCGAAUGGGGAAGUCGGUCGCUAACGGACUUGCACAUCUACACACUGAAAUUCGCAAAGGAGAUAUAAUCAAACCAUGUGUAUGUCACCGUGAUCUCAACUCCAGGAACAUAUUAGUGAAGGCUGAUUUGUCAUGCUGCAUCUGCGAUUUAGGUUUUGCUCUGAAGACCUUUGGACCUCGUUAUGAAUGUCGCGGAGAGAUUGCUCUUGCUGAAACGAAAAGUAUCAACGAAGUUGGUACAUUACGGUACAUGGCACCAGAAGUGCUAGAAGGCGCGGUCAAUCUG